AUGCCUCCGAGCCGAUGUGGCAGGUUGUCACUGCGUUUCAAAGUGGCGGCGAAUCUCGUGUUGUUCGGGGAUCUCUCACGUCUUGUAGCUGGUGACACCGCCGGCACUACAAGACCCGCCACAUUUCUCGACUAUGUCUUCGCUUCGACGGAGUUGGCGACUGCACUGGGCUCUCAGGCCCUCGCAGGCUCGCAAUUGUUCGCUGCGACGCUGAUCCCGUACGUGUUCCGGUAUAUGAACGUCGACACCUUCCCAGCUGGAAACCCGGCACUACCAGGAGCUGUAGCGGAUACUGCCACGCUGCUCGCUGCGGUCUCCAACGACGCGAUGAAUGCACUUCGACGCAAGAGGCAGCAAUUCCAGUACGAUCCUGAGCGCUACGCUGCGUCGAUCCCGACGGACGUGACAUACCCGUCCAGCGCCACGCUCAGUAGCAUGGACCUCAGCGGUGUGUUCACCACGACCGUCUUCUGGAGCAACACAUUAACGCAAGACUUUUGGCUGGAAAGCGCCGAGUCGACGGAUUCUGUGGCGUGGAAUCUCUUCCCUUCGACGGCGUUUUUCCUCGACGACUCGACGUCCUCGUCUUCGUUGCCUGCAGCUCCGAUAGUUCGGGUCGGUAACACCUCAAGCAGUGCCGUGAGCCCAUCGAAUGUCGUGGUUCGCCAUCAGAGCCGCCUGCUACGCAACGGAGCGACCGAUAAUGUCAGCAAGUUGCUGCUUUACCUCGAGUUUGGCGUGGCGGAUGUCACGGAGAAGGCCGCGGAUGGCUGUGCGCACUGUCUGCAGCUUCUGGAGUGGUGUACGAACGACGCGACGUGUGCCGCUUUGAAAACGUGCGUACUGUCGGCGAUCCAGACGCCUAUCACGCAGUUG